AUGCCAACAACAUACAUGUUGACCACUGGGUGGCUCGUUACGCCAACUUCAGUCUGCCGCAGUUCUACACCUGGAACCCUUACCACGGCCUUCCACUACUGGCAAAUGGAGAUGUUGUAUGUUCUGGUUCAUAGCUGGCAACCUCGGCCUAGCCCUCCAGGAGGUGUAUGCAUCCCCCCGUCCGUGACAGCGCCGACAACAACCACAACCACGAACACUUCAACGUCCGAUUCCUCCUCUUCCACUGCCACCACCCCAUCGUCUUACGUCCCGCCUCCUAGUCCCACCGUGUCAGGAACUACCCCGUACUGCUACGAAUGGUGCACCAUAAAGUCUGGUAAUAGCUGCACCGGUUUCCUCUCCGAAUAUGAUCUCACAUUGCGCGAGUUCCGCGCUCUGAAUACAUAUAUCGACAGCGGCUGCAGCAACCUGUGGCCAGACUACAGUUACUGUGUCUCGGGAGUUCCGGCGAGCAGCAGCACUACGACCUCUGCAACUAAACACAACUCCAUCUAG